AUGCUGCCUGCUGCAUACCAUAUCAACAGCAACAUCAUUUAUUUCCUGUUGCUUUUGAAUUUAUUGCCAAUUUUUUGUCAACCACAAUUUGUGGAAUUUUUUUCGGAUUAUAAAAAGAAUCACAUCGAGGAUGAGAUCAAAUAUAUUUUUCACUACUACGUAGAUGAUGCACCAUCCAAAGUGCACAUCAAUCAUCGGGAAGAACGUCGCGGUACACAAGUUACAGGGGAAUAUGGCUUAGUGGAGCCCGGUGGCUAUAUACGUAACGUGCACUACGAAGUCGACGGUGAUAAAGGCUUCCGAACAGUAGUCAGAACGAGAACAGCAGCAAGUCGCACGCUGCAGAUACUACACACAGGCAGUCAGCAGCCACAGAACCCAGUCCAGCAUGCCAAACCAGUGGCAUUUGUUACUUGA